AUGGACACUGACGACGACUUCUUGUCCGCUAUGUCCAGUGAGGACGACAUGCUCCCAGAAGAUGAUAGCGAGAAUGAGGACAUGUCCGGUGUCGAAGAUUUUGGCUUCGACGAUGAGCCCGAUCCGGAUAUCGAUAUGCACAAGGAGAUUGGGGCAAAGAAAAGAGUCGCAUAUGAUGUCAGUUUCAAGGUCUACCAGCCGGGCGACAUUCAGAAACAACAGGAUGACUUAAUAGACGAAGUCAACAUGAUCUUAGACAUCUCCAAGGAAGAGGCGGCUAUUCUACUCCGCCACUUCCGAUGGAACAAAGAGAGGUUGAUUGAGGACUAUAUGGAUAGACCAGGCAAAGUCCUUGACGCUGCUGGUCUCUCCAGGUCGGCCGCCGGCCCCCCUAAGAUGGAGACCAUCCCCGGCUUUACAUGCGACAUUUGCUGCGAGGAUGGGCCGGGACUUCAGUCGUUUGCUAUCAAGUGCGGACACAGAUACUGCGUCGACUGCUACCGUCAUUACCUUUCGCAAAAGAUCCGCGAGGAGGGUGAAGCAGCACGCAUCCAGUGUCCGUCGGAGGGGUGCAGUUUGAUCAUCGACGCCCGAUCCUUGGAUAUCCUCGUGACCCCAGAGCUGACGGAGCGAUACCACGAGCUGCUCAACCGGACUUAUGUUGAGGACAAGGAGACCUUGAAAUGGUGCCCUGCUCCCGACUGCCAGAAUGCUAUCGAAUGCGGAGUCAAAAAGAAGGACCUCGACAGGGUGGUUCCCACGGUGUCUUGCCUGUGCGGCCAUCGAUUUUGCUUCGGCUGCAUUUUGAACGACCAUCAACCAGCACCAUGUGAGCUGGUGAAGAAGUGGCUCAAGAAGUGCGCCGACGACUCGGAGACGGCCAACUGGAUCUCGGCCAACACCAAGGAGUGCCCAAAGUGCAAUAGCACGAUAGAAAAGAAUGGAGGUUGCAACCACAUGACGUGCCGCAAAUGCAAGCACGAGUUCUGUUGGAUGUGCAUGGGUCUUUGGUCCGAACACGGCACUGCCUGGUACAGCUGCAACAGAUACGAAGAGAAGAGCGGCACUGAAGCCCGAGAUGCUCAAGCUCGGUCACGCGUAUCCCUGGAGCGCUAUCUGCAUUACUACAACCGGUAUGCGAAUCACGAGCAGUCGGCCCGGCUGGACAAGGAUAUCUAUGUGAAGACGGAGAAGAAGAUGGUGCAGCUACAAAAGGAGUCGGGCAUGUCCUGGAUCGAAGUCCAGUAUCUCAACUCGGCCUCGCAGGCCCUCCAGACCUGCCGGCAGACCCUGAUGUGGACGUAUGCCUUUGCUUUUUACCUUGCCCGCAACAACCUUACCGAGAUCUUCGAGGACAAUCAGAAGGACUUGGAGAUGGCGGUGGAAGCGUUGUCGGCAAUGUUUGAGAAGCCGGUCACGGAACUCGCAGACCCAAAGCUGAAAGUAGAAAUCAUGGAUAAGACCUCCUACUGCAACAGGCGGCGGGUAAUUCUUCUAGAGGACACAGCCAUGAACCUCGCCGAAGGGCGAUGGACUUUCAACGUCGAGCUGACAGGUUCGGGAGCUAAUGGCGGACCGAGCACUCGACGCUGA